AGAAUACGCAAGGACUGCUAGGCAACCUCUUCCGCUCAGAAGCCAAGCAAGACCCAGAAGCAGUCUCCAUGUGCCGCCCGUGACCUGCCCUGGUUUUGUCUCAUGGCGAAGCGUUUCCCCGGCGGGGUGAGCGAGCCGGGGGUGGCCAAGAAGAGGAGAGAGGAGGGCGAGGAGGGCGAGGGGAAGGACGCGACCAUGGCCGAGCUGAAAACCGAGACGGUGCUCGAGACCUACGACGUGCAAAGCGCCGGCGCCAACUGCGUCCACGAGUGCGUCCGGCCUGCAGAGGCGGCGGGGGGUGUGCCGGCGCCGCUGCCCAGCGCGCCGGCCAAGGCGUAUCCCUUUGCGCUGGAUACGUUCCAGCAAGAGGCCGUGAGCUGCCUGGAGCGGAGGGAGUCUGUGAUGGUCGCGGCCCACACGUCUGCAGGCAAGACCGUGGUGGCAGAGUAUGCCAUCGCCAUGGCGCUGAGAGACAAGCAAAGGAUCAUCUACACUUCGCCCAUCAAGGCCUUGAGCAACCAGAAGUACAGAGAUCUGCAAGAUGAGUUCAAAGAUGUAGGUCUGAUGACUGGGGAUGUUACAAUCAACCCCCAUGCCUCCUGCAUGAUCAUGACCACUGAAAUCUUGCGGUCUAUGCUCUACCGCGGCUCAGACGUGUCCCGGGAAGUGGCGUGGGUGGUUUUUGAUGAGGUGCACUACAUGCGAGACCGAGACCGAGGUGUGGUAUGGGAGGAGGCCAUGAUCCUGCUGCCGGAUUCCGUGCGGCUGGUGUUUCUAUCUGCCACCAUUCCCAACGCACGGGAGUUCGCGGAAUGGAUUUGCCGAAUCAAGCAUCAGCCAUGUCACGUGAUUUACACGGACAAGCGCCCAGUUCCGCUCCAGCACUAUUUGUUUCCAGCUGGGGGUGAUGGCGUGUACAUGGUGGUGGAUGAAAAGGGCCAGUUCCGGGAGGACAACUUCCACAAGGCCCUGACGGCCCUGCAGAACGCUGCAGAGUCCACGAACGUGGACACCAAGAAGGUGCAGAAGAAGAAGGGCAAAGCCAACUUGGGAGAUCUGGAGAAGAUCGUGCGGAUGUGCAGCGACCGAGGCUACUUGCCCUUGAUCGUCUUCUCCUUCAGCCGAAAGGAGUGCGAGGCCAAUGCCGUUGCGUUGAAGAAGAUGGACGUCACGGAUGAUGACGAGAAGAGGCUCAUCGACGAGGUCUUCAACAACGCGAUCAUGACUUUAGGGGACGAGGACCGGGAGCUGCCGCAGGUGCAGUCCAUGCUGCCGCUGCUGCGCCGGGGGCUGGGUAUCCACCACGGGGGCCUGCUGCCGAUGCUCAAGGAGGUUGUGGAGAUCCUCUUCCAGGAGUCGCUGAUCAAGGUGCUCUUCUCCACGGAGACCUUUGCCAUGGGCAUCAACAUGCCGGCGAAGACGGUGGUCUUCACCAACACCCGGAAGUGGGACGGCUUGGAGUACCGGAUUUUGCACGCCGGGGAGUACAUCCAGAUGAGCGGGCGCGCGGGCCGGCGUGGCAAGGACGACCGGGGGCUGACCAUCAUCAUGUUCGACGAGAAGGUGGAGCCGGAGGUGGCCAAGGAGAUGUUCCUGGGCCAGAGCUCCAAGAUCUUUAGCGCCUUCCACCUGGGCUACAACAUGCUCAUCAACCUGCUGCGCCUGGAGGGGGCGGAUCCGGACUAUAUGAUCCAGCGCUCCUUCCACCAGUUCCAGAAGGACAAGAGCGCGCUGGAGGUUCAGGCGAGGAAGCAGGACUUGGAGACGGAGGUGGCGAACUUGGAGGACCUCCGGGUGGCGGUGAAGGACACCAGCAGUUACAACUUCAACGUGGAUGAGUCCAUCGCCGACUACUUCUACAUAGACAAGCAGCUGAAGAAGAAGAUGGAUGAGCGCCGCGAGAUCAUUUCUCGCCCAGAGAAUAUCGCUCCGUUUCUGAACCCAGGCCGGCUCGUGUACAUGCAAGAGGGGGACACGGACUGGGGCUGGGGCAUUCUCAUCAGUGCCUCCCGCAAGAAGUUGGCCACCUCGGUGCUGGAGGAAGCGGAGCCCCAGUGGGUCCUGGAGGUCUUCCUGCCCUGCGACCCCGACGCCAAGGAGCAGCCGUUGCCCGCCAACGGCGCCAAGCCGGAGGGCCGGAUUUUGCCGAUGGCGCUGAACCUGGUGCAGAAGAUCAGCAAGAUCCGGUCCAACAUGCCCUCGGGAGAUCCCGAGAGCGAGGAGUCGCGCAGGGCCUUGCUGAAAACGUUGCAACAGAUCAAGAACCACAAGAGCUUCAAGCAGGGCAUCCCUGAGCUUGACCCGGUCGGGGAGAUGAACAUCAAGGGCGAGGAGAUGACCAGCAUCAAUGAGAACAUCAAAGAUUUGGGGAAGAAGCUGGCAGCCAACAGCUUCCACGGCCACGACAAGAUGCAGCUUUACUACGACUGCUUCGCCAAGAGGGUAAAGCUGCACGGUCAAGUGCAAGAGUUGGAGAAGCAGAUCAAUCAAAGCCGCUUCAUGGUCAUGAGCGACGAUCUGCGCGCCAUGCGCCGGGUCUUGAGGAGGCUGGAGUUCAUCGACAAGGAUGGUGUGGUGCAACUCAAGGGCCGAAUGGCCUGCGAGAUCACCUCCUGCGAUGAGAUCUUGAUGACAGAGAUCGUCUUCCAGAACGUCUUCGCGGACGUGGACUCCAACAACAUCAUCGCGCUCUGCAGCUGCCUGGUCUUCGACGAGAAGUCGGAGGAUCCCAUCACCAACAACUUGGAGCUCAUGAAGGCUUUCGAGACCUGCAAGGGCAUCGCCCGCAAUGUGGCCGAGGUGAUGGUGGAGAACAAGAUCCCCAUAGACGUGGAGGAGUACGUGCAGAAGCUGAAGCCUCAGCUGAUGGAGGUGGUACUGAACUGGCUCGAGGGCAAACGCUUCCAUGAGAUUAUGAACCAGUGCAACCUCUACGAGGGCAGCGUGGUGCGGGUGAUACGACGACUGGAGGAGUUGAUCCGAGAGCUGGCCACGGCCGCCAAGACCAUCGGCAACGAGGAGCUGGCGGCGAAGCUAAACGAAGGCCGGGCGCGGCUGAAGCGCGGCAUCAUCUUUGCGGCCUCGCUCCCUGGCAAGGCGGAGACCUGCCCGGCCUCCGUGAUGAGCGGGACACGGCCUGAGCCAAACACCUUCGGAGGUUGGUGGGAGACUGCCGGCUUCUUCAAGCCAGAGGUAGCUGAGAAGGUCCCUCAAGAAAAGUCGGACCGCGAGUCCUACGUCAUGCCCAUGCCGCCACCCAACGUCACUGGCAGGCUCGGAGAAGGUCAUGCCAUGUUCGUCAGCCUGGAAGAUGUCUUGGCACGGUUCCAUCGGAUGCGCGGUGACCAAACUCUUUGGCUGCCAGGCACCGACCAUGCGGGCAUCGCCACGCAGAUGCUGGUGGAGCGGCAACUCGCGGCCGAGGGCACCUCGCGUCAGGAGGUGGGCAGAGAGGAGUUUCUGAAGAGAGUUUGGGAGUGGAAGGCAGAGAAGGGUGGCGCCAUUGUGGAUCAGAUGCGGCGCCUCGGAGCCUCCGCGGACUGGUCCAGAGAGCAGUUCACCCUGAACGACAACAUGAGCGCAUCAGUGGUGGAGGCCUUUUGCCGGCUGCAUGAGCUCGGCGCCAUCUUCCGGGGCCAGCGCAUGGUGAACUGGAGCCCGGUGCUGCAGACCGCCGUGAGCGACCUGGAGGUGGAGUAUGCAGAUCAGCAAGGGCAUUUGUACCACUUCAAGUAUGUGGUUGCAGGCCCGGAUGGAGAGCCUGAGGAAUUCAUCCCAGUGGCCACGACCCGGCCGGAGACCAUCCUUGGUGAUACAGCUGUUUGCGUUCAUCCAGAGGAUGAACGAUAUCAGCACUUGAUCGGCAAAGAGGUCGUUGUGCCUGUGCAGGGUAGACGGAUUCCAGUGAUCGCCGAUGCCUAUGUAGAUAGAGAGUUCGGCACCGGCGCGCUGAAGAUUACGCCUGCGCACGACUUCAACGACUUCGAGCUCGGGGAGCGCCAUGGGCUGGAAAGCCACACGGUCAUUGGCUUGGAUGGGUGCAUGGCCAACACCCUGGAGGCCUUAGGGUCCCCCCAGUACGUUGGCCUGGACCGUGCCGUUUGCCGGAAGAAGCUCUGGGCUGAUCUGGAAGCAGCUGGCCUGGUGCUGAAAGUGGAGGACCACAUGCAGCGGGUGCCGCUCUCGCAGAGGAGCGGCGAGGUCAUUGAACCCAUGCUGUCGGACCAGUGGUUUGUCUCCACCGAGGUCAUGGCACAGCGCGCGAUGGACGUCGUUGCGUCUGGCGAGCUCACCAUCCAGCCUGAUCGCUUUGUCAAGAUCUGGAACGACUGGCUGAAGGAGAAGCAGCCCUGGUGCAUCUCCCGUCAGCUCUGGUGGGGACAUCGAAUCCCCGUGUAUUACCCCACCAACCGCCCGGGCUGCGAGCAGUACUUCGUGGCGCGCUCCGAGCAGGAGGCGCUGAAGGCUGCAAGAGAGAAGCUCGGCGAGGAUGUGGAGUUGAAGCAGGAGGACGAUGUCUUGGACACUUGGUUCUCGUCAGGGCUGUGGCCCUUCGCCACGGUGGGCUGGCCAGAUGAAAGCAGCGCGGACUACCAGAAGUUUUACCCGGCCACCAUGAUGGAAACCGGAUAUGACAUCCUAUUCUUCUGGGUGGCACGCAUGGUGAUGAUGGGUCUGACGCUUACAGACAAGGCGCCCUUGAAGGAGAUCUAUUUGCACGGCCUGGUCCGGGACGAGAAGGGCCAGAAGAUGAGCAAGACCAAAGGCAACGUGGUGGACCCGCUGGACUCCAUCGCGGAGUACGGCACGGAUGCGCUGAGAUACGCACUGCUCACCAGCAGUGUGCCUGGGAUGGAUGUUCCCAUCAGCAAGGGCAUGCUGGAGAAUGCCAAGGCCUUUGCCAACAAGAUUUGGAACGUGGGGCGCUUCAUCAUCACCGAGUCUGAGAAGAAUGCGGGCACGGAGUCAGCCUUCCAGAGCGGCAUGCAAUUCACGGAGGAGGAGAUCGCGGCCAUGCCCUGGCUGGAGCGCGCGCUCCUCUCCAAGUGCCAUGGGCUCUGCGAGAGCGUCACCGCAGCCCUGCUGGAGAACCGCUUCGCACCUCCCACCAAGGACAUCAAAGAGUUCUUGCAGGAGGAUAUUGCGGCUUGGUACGUGGAGGCGUCCAAGACGCGGCUGCAGGAGCACUUGGGCGGAGAUCCCAGCAGCAAGCAGGCGGCGACCUCCCAGAAGGUGCUCUUGUACCUCCUGGAGGUGUCCAUGAAGCUUCUCCAUCCCUUCAUGCCCUUCGUCACCGAGGCCGUGUGGCAGCGCUUGCCACGAAAUGCCUCGUCCCCAGAGUCUCUGAUGAUCAGCCCUUGGCCACGGGCAAACACGGCCCGAGAUGCGGAAGCUGAAGGCUGGUUUGCCAAGUUCUGCACCGUGACCUCGGCGGUGCGGAACGCGCGGGCAGAGCAGGGUAUCCCGCCAAAGGAGCGAGUACCUCUGACCUUUUGGUGUGCGGAUGCCGCCUUCCAGGAGGCGCUGGAGUCUGAGAGCGCCGCGUUUGCCUGGCUGGCGCGGGCGGAUCCCAAGCAGAUCCAGGCCAAGGAGAUGUCGCAGCGCCCCAGCGAGACGCCCGAGGGAUGCAUUCGUGUGGUCAUCACGGAGGAAAUCGAGGUUGACAUGCCCGUGCCAAAGCAGGAGAUCGAUGUUGAGAAGGAGCUGCAGCGGCUCCAGAAGCAGCUGAACCAGGUCACGGCCCUGCUGGAAACCACCGAGAAGAAGAUCACGCCACAGUUCAUGGAGCGGGCCAAUCCUGUGGCCAAGGAGAAGAUCCUCCAGAAGCGCGAUGAGCUGAAGCAGCAGAAGGCCUCCAUCGCCGCGCAGUUGGAGGAGCUCCAGCCGAGUCGGCGCCGUGACGUGGUGGCUGCAGCAGCCCUGCUCUUUGCCUCAGCUGCACCCAAAGCACGUGCCGACGUGGGCGACGGCGACACCCUGCCACCGGGCGCCAAGCAGGAAAUGCGCAUCCGCAAGGGCUUGCAGGCUUGGAAGGAGCUUCCACCGAAGCUCACCUCUGAGGAGAAAGACAAGGAGUGGGAUGAUGCCAUCGGCUUCUUGAGGCGCAUCUACGGCCUCAACGACGAUAUGAAGUACCUCACCCGAGGACUGAAGGGCUCCAAGAAGGAGGAGGCGGAGACGCUGGUGGAGAACUUCAGGAAGAAGGUGAAGUCUGCAGACAAGCCUGUGAAGGCCAAGGACUACGACGCAUUCAUGGGAAUCCACAAGGACGUGUCAGAGUUCAUGGAGAAGUUCCAGACCUACCUUCUGGAUGCAACCGAAGACCUCACCACGGAUGGCGAGUUCGAGGAUAUCGCCUGA